AUGGAAUUACCAAGGUAUUCCCCUGACCAGAAAACUGAAUAUCGUAUAAAGACCAAGAAAGUUUCUUACAAAUUAUGUCACCAAUUCGACGAAAUCAAACGGGUUUGUUGGGGGAAGCAAGUGCAACCCAAUAGCACUUUCAUUUUGAAAAAUGUGAGUUGUGAAGCGAGACCAGGAGAGGUCAUGGCCAUUGCUGGCCCAAGUGGGGCAGGAAAGACCACAUUGUUAGAUAUACUGGCUCGAAAAAUCCCACCUAGUAGAGUAUUGGGUCAUGUCCUUGUAAACGACAAGACAAUGAAUGCCAAACACUUUCAGAGAAUAUCCGGUUAUGUCACACAAGAGGAUGUGCAUUUCCCAUUUCUUACUGUUAGAGAAACUCUCAUGUAUAGUGCUCGUCUCAAGUUGCGAGGCGGGUUCAAAAUGGCCACAGCCAGAGUCAGUGAACUGCUGAAAGAGCUUGGACUAGAGCAAAUUGCCGAUGCCAGAAUUGGUGGUGAAUCAAGCCGUGGCAUUUCGGGUGGCGAAAAGCGUAGAGUUUCAAUCGGUGUUGAUCUGGUGCAUGACCCAGCUGUUAUUCUGCUUGAUGAACCAACAUCAGGAUUGGAUUCCACUUCAGCUCUGCAUGUUGCUUUGUUGCUGAAGUCCAUGGCUACAACACAAGGUAAAACAAUUGUGUUAACCAUCCACCAACCCAGUUUCCGGAUUCUUGAGCUAUUUGAUCAAAUUCUGUUGUUAUCAAAUGGAUAUGUUCUUCACCAUGGAUCCCUGCAUCUCCUGGAGCAACAGCUUAUACUUGCAGGUCAUUCUAUUCCUCGGCAUGUUAAUGUGCUUGAGUUUGCCAUUGAAGUGGCAGAAACCCUGGUCAUGGAUAUUAUAGAAUGCGAAGUCAACGACAUUGAAAAAGAUCAUGAGCAUUUAGGAGGAAAUCCUAACCAAGGUUUUGUUGAUGAGCAAAAGCUAUGUUACGGUAAUAAUCAAUUCAAGGAGGUUUUAAUACUGGGUCAGAGAUUCUCUAACAAUAUUUUCAGAACAAAACAGCUCUUUCUUGCAAGAAUGAUACAAGCAGUGAUUGUUGGAUUUGUGCUUGGGACUGUAUUUACAGAGGCAAGCAAUAGUUCAAGAAAAAGUAAGGUGCAAACUCAAGUUGGUUUCUUUGCCUUCAGCCUCACCUACUUGUUGUAUUCCUCAACUGAAGGUUUACCAAUAUACUUGCAACAUAGAAGGAUUUUAAUGAGAGAAACCUUGAGUGGAGCUUACAGAAUCUCUUCUUACGUUAUAGCAAAUACUCUUGUGUUCCUUCCUUUCCACUUAACAGUGGCUCUUCUCUACAGCACCCCAGUUUACUGGAUAAUUGGAUUGAGGCAGGAUAUUGAUGGUUUUCUCUACUUCACACUGGUGGUAUGGAUGGUUUUAUUAAUGUCCCAUGCAUUUGUUAUAUGUUUUAGUGCACUAGCGCCAGAUUACAUCAUGGGGACAGCUUUAAUUGCUGGGGUAAUGGGGUCCUUUUUCCUCUUUUCUGGAUAUUUCAUAUCAAGGGAUGACAUACCUUGGUAUUGGAUUUUCAUGCAUUAUUUGAGUUUGUUUAAGUACCCAUUUGAGAGUUUUAUCAUAAAUGAGUAUGGAGGAAAGAGAAGAUGUUUGGAGAGUGUACAAGGGAAAUGCUUUUUGUAUGGUGACACUUAUCUGAUCCAGCAAGGUUUGAAUCAGUCACGAAAGUGGAGUAAUUUAGGUGUGAUGUCCGGGUUCAUCCUUGGCUACACUUUUCUUUGUUUUCUUGUUCUGUGUUACAGGUCUUACAGAGCCAGGUGCUAGCUAGAAACCAGAAAUCGUCAAAGCAAUAUUGGGAACGGUCUC